AUGGCUUUCCACCAUGUGUCAAAUACAACAAUGGGUAUAAUAUUGUUGUCCAUCGUCAUAAUAUUAUGGGUUACAUCUUCUUUGAUAACUUCCACUAUCUUGGAAACAUAUCACUAUAAUAAACCAUUCUUAAUCACAUAUUUAAAUAUCUCAUCAUUCUCCUUCUACCUGGUACCGAGCUUACUCAAAAGAUUCAGAUCCAAACCCGCCUCAACAUUUCCUUCGGAUUGUGAAAAUAAACUAGAAUAUGAAUCAGAAACUUCAUCUUUAUUAAACUCUCAUGAUAAGAGAGAUACUGCAAUGCCCUUACAAAAAAUUAUUAAGUUAAGUGGAACUUUCUGUCUAUUAUGGUUCAUGGCAAAUUUUACCACAAAUUCAUCUUUAUCAUUUACUUCAAUCUCUUCUCAAACCAUAUUAUCAUCUACAUCUUCAUUCUUCACUUUAUUAAUCUCCUCAUUCCUUCAUAUGGAAAAAAUUAAUAAUUUGAAAAUAUUUGGUAUAUUAAUAUCAUUCUGCGGUAUAAUAUUAUUAACAAACUCAGAUAAUAGCAAUAAUAAUAAUAAUAACAAUACAGCAAUUAGUCAAAAUUCCAUCCUAGAAAUAAUAUUUGGAGAUUCAUUAGCUCUACUGGGUGCCUUAUUCUACGGAAUUUAUAGUACUUUACUAAAAUAUUCAUUACAAAAAAAUGAAACAAGACAACAAAGACAACAACAAUCGAAACAAAUAACGGAAAAGACAAAUUCUUUUGAUAUUAAAUUAUUCUUUGGAUUCGUUGGUUUAAUAACAUUAACAUGCUUAUGGCCAAUAUUAAUAAUAUUAAAUUAUUUCCAAAUUGAAACUUUACAAUUACCAAAUUCUAACCAAUUGAUCUUAUUAAUAAUAUUGAAUUGUUCCAUUAAUUUCAUUAGUGAUUUUUGUUGGGCAAAGUCAAUAAUUUUAACAAAUCCAUUAAUAGUUACCAUGGGAUUAAGUUUUACAAUCCCAUUAGCUAUGUUUGUCGAUUUCAUGUUCAUUAAUUCAUCAAAUAGUAAUUCAAAUUAUUCUUCAAUGAAUAUAAACUAUAUCAUCGGUGCAAUUUUGGUAAUGGUAUCAUUCUUAUUAAUUAAUUCCUCCUCCUGCUCCACCUCCUCGGAAGAAGAAGAACAACAACAACAAUUAAAUGACACUAACCAAACCAUCCAGCAACAUGAUUAUGAAAAGAAAAAUCAUUAUUUUUACAAUAGCAUUUAA